AAGGAAAAACACCUGCUCAAAGUUGCUGUCCGAAACACUUAAGAAGGAAAGAAACCCGCUCAAAGUUGCUGUCUGGACCACUUCAGAAGAAAAGAAAGUUGUUGUCUGGACCACUUCAGAAGGAAAGAAACCCGCUCAAAGUUGCUGUCUGGACCACCUCAGAAGGAAAGAAACCCGCUCAAAGUUGCUGUCUGGACCACUUCAGAAGGAAAGAAGCCCGCUCAAAAAAGAAACCCGCUCAAAGUUGUUUUCUGGAACACAAGACUACUUCAGAAGAAAAGAAAGUUGCCGUCUGGACCACUUCAGAAGGAAAGAAACCCGCUCAAAGUUGCUGUCUGGACCACUUCAGAAGGAAAGAAACCCGCUCAAAGUUGUUGUCUGGACCACUUCAGAAGGAAAGAAACCCGCUCAAAGUUGCUGUCUGGACCACUUCAGAAAGAAAGAAACCCGCUCAAAGUUGCUGCCUGGAACACUUUGGAAGGAAACCAGGAACCCCCUUGGAAGGAAUCUCACCCGCACGAAGUUGUAGCCAGGAACUCCCUUGGAAGAAAUCUCACCCGCACGAAGUUGUAGCCAGGAACUCCCUUGGAAGGAAUCUCACCCGCACGAAGUUGAAUAACCUCCGAAGAAAUCUCGCUCGCACGAAGUUGAAGCCAGGAAAUCCCUUGGAAGGAAUCUCAUUCGCACGAAGUUGUAGCCAGGAACUACCUUGGAAGGAAUCUCGCCUACACGAGGCUGGUUUCACCCGCACGUAG